AUGUUCGAUCACCCUUCGAAAUCCUUUGUGUCUGGAGUCGUGGGCACCGCUCUCAUAUUCCUGCUCACCUCGCCUUCGAUAUUCGCCAUUAUAUCCCACUUACGCGCCCCCAAACCCAACGCCAAAACCUACAAAGACGAGGAUGGCGCUGCUACCCCAGAAUCCAUGGCCAAGUACUCGGCCAAGAUUCCCAAGAUUAUCCUCGUAGCCUUCGUUGCUCUUGGUUUUCUCACUUCAAUUGCCUUGGCUGUGCUUGCUACUCUGGGUCGUCGUUCGCCUGCAGUCGUGGAGGAUUGGCUCAAUGCAGCUCAAUGGUUCUUGAUUCUUGUUCAGACCACCGGCGUACUCACGAUACGGGACACCGUCAAGGCCUAUACUCUCGGAAUCCAUACAACCAUUUCAUGCAUCCUACUCCUCGCUGUUCUCCUCUUCCAAGACCAACUCAUCACACAGGCUUCUGGCUUCGAAGGACCAGCAGAGAUAACCACGCUCCGGACCGCACAGCUGUUCAUCGUUAUCUGUACUGGUUUUGCCGGCGUUAGCAUUCCCCGCCGUCCAGAUGUCUUCUACGGAGGUGUACCUCUUGAUGGCAUGUAUACCGUAUCAGCCCUCUCUCGUUACAGCUUCUCCUGGGUGGGUGGCCUGCUCUCCAUGGCGAGAAAGGAAAAGCGCCUCAACCAGGAUGACCUGCACAAAAUGGACCAUUUCACACGAUCAAAGGACCUCAGCGAAUCAUGGAUGAGUCAGAAGCAUACAAGAAAGCUUUGGGUAGAGGUAUUUCUCGCCCACAAGGGAUCAUUUCUCAUUCAAUGGUUUCUCACACUUGUUCAAGCACUGGGACUAUUUGCACCACAAUUCGUAACCUUCCAAAUUCUACGCAUUCUCGAGCGACGAGUUCCUGGGGAGGCUGUUCAUUCCGAGGCUUGGAUUUGGGUUUUUACACUAUGCGUGACGACGAUUGGAUCUACGUGGGUGGAGGCUUGGUUGUUUUGGAUAUCAUGGUCUGAGAUUGCUAUCCCAGUCCGAGCCCAACUAUCUGCCCUUAUAUUUCAAAAAGCAAUGCGAAGAAAAGAUGUAAAGGGCGCUUCGAAAUCAAGCCGAAAAGCAUCUGAUGAGGGUCUUGAUAUCUCCAACGCAAUGGAGGAUCCUGUGGCUGACAAACCCGAAGUCGACGAGGAAGAGGGCGAUCCAAAGGGGAAGCAGUCGACUGUGAAUCUCAUCGGUGUUGACACGAAACGCAUUUCUGACUUCUGCUCCUUCAAUAAUUAUUUCCCUGGCAGUCUGUUCAAGUUGUUAACCUCACUAGCCUUCUUACUCUUGAUUAUUGGGUGGCAAUCAUUGCUUGCUGGGUUUGCAGCAAUGUCUGUGACAAUUCCCAUCAAUAUUUAUUUUAGCAGACGAUAUUCAGCUGCUCAAGAUAGACUUAUGAAAGUCAGAGAUCAAAAAAUGGCAGUCGUUACGGAAGCUCUACAAGGUAUUCGACAAAUCAAAUUCUCAGCCUUGGAGUCCAAUUGGCACGAGAAGAUUGGGAAAGUUCGAAACAAAGAACUGGACGAGCAGUGGCAAGUAUAUCUAUCCGAUACGUUUUUGCUGUUCUGUUGGAUCACCGGUCCUGUAGCCCUCGCAGCAACAUCCCUGGCCGUUUACGCGUUCCUAUAUAGAGAACUCACCCCCUCUGUAGCCUUCACAGCUAUUGGCGUCUUCAACAACCUCGAAGUCACACUGGGCGUGAUCCCCGAGUUAACGACCAACCUCAUCGACGCUUGGGUAUCUAGCGCCCGUAUCGAAAAGUACCUCUCAGCGCCUGAAAUCACCAAGAAUACCAAUGACGCCCCCAACAUUUCUUUCGAGAACGCUGCUAUCGCCUGGGCUUCUGAUGAAGAUAAAGAGGAUGGCGAUGAGCGAUAUGUUUUGCGGAACGUUAAUAUUGCGUUUCCAGAAAAGGAGCUCAGUGUUGUGAGUGGGAAGACGGGGACGGGCAAGAGUUUACUACUGGCUUCCAUACUAGGCGAAGUCGAUGUCCUAGAAGGCAAGAUUAAUGUCCCAUCCCUACCCCACACACUCUCCCGCCAUGAUCACCUUGCGACCCCGGAUAACUGGAUAAUCCCCUCGGCCAUUGCAUUCGUGGCGCAAAUCCCCUGGAUCGAAAACGCCUCCAUCAAAGACAACAUUCUGUUCGGUUUACCCUUUGAUGGAUAUCGGUACAAGAAGGUGCUUGAGGUCUGUGCGCUGAAGAAAGAUCUUGAUAUGCUUGCUGAUGGGGAGAACACUGAGAUUGGCGCGAACGGCAUUAAUUUGAGUGGAGGCCAGAGGUGGAGAGUUACGUUUGCUAGGGCGCUGUAUUCGAGGGCGGGGAUAUUGGUGUUGGAUGACAUCUUUAGUGCUGUGGAUGCGCAUGUCGGACGGUUCAUUUUUGAAAAAGGCCUCACUGGUGAGCUAGGCGUGGGCAGAACCCGAAUUCUAGUCACGCACCAUGUCGCCCUCUGUAAAUCCAAGACAAAAUACAUCGUUGAACUCGGCGACGGCACAGUCGAGCACGCGGGUCUCGUUCAAGAAUUGGAAAACGAAGGUACCCUCCAGGAAAUCAUUAGCCACGAAGAAAGUGCACAGCAAAUCCAAGAAGACGAGGAAUCUAUCGAGUCUACCGCUGUCAACUCUGCGGAAGAGUCUUCUGAUGAAAAUGAGCCGCUGAAAAAGGUGGAUUCGAAGACGCCGAGGAAGUUUGUCGAGGAAGAGGCGAGGGAAGAGGGGAGAGUUAAGACGGCGGUUUAUUUGGCAUAUAUGAAGGCGAGUGGUGGGAUACCAUUCUGGUCGGUGGCUGUUCUUGCAUAUGCUAUUGUGCAAGCACUUACAACUGGUCGAUCAUGGUGGCUCCGUCUCUGGACUGGCAACGACGAACGUCACACAACCGCAACCCACGCUUUCACAUAUUACUUUCAAGUCCACUCGCUCGCGCCCUCAUUCUCAAACUCAACCGCAUCCACUGAGCUUCCUCCACAUGACAACCUGAACUAUUACCUCGGUAUCUACGUCGCGUUCUCCAUCGUCUCAGCUCUCAUCGGUACCUUUAGAUACUGGUUUAUCUUCACUGGAUCUAUCCGCGCCUCUCGCAAGCUCUUCGACAAGCUCUCCUUUACCAUCCUACGAACCCCUUUGAGAUGGAUGGAUACUGUUCCUCUAGGCAGAAUCCUAAACCGCUUUACAGCAGAUUUCAACGUCGUCGAUGCUCGACUAUCAUCUGACAUUGGUUUUGGAGCAAACAAUAUCUUUCGUCUCAUCGGUGUCAUAAUAGCAGGAGUAUUCGUUUCUCCCUACAUUAUACUCAUCUCCAUCGCUUUACUAGCAAUCUGCGUACAUAUAGCCCUCCGCUACCUCCCCGGCGCCCGCGAAGUAAAACGUCUCGAGUCCAACGCCAAGUCUCCCGUAUUCGAGCAAUUUGGUAGUGCCCUAACAGGUGUUGGCACAAUUCGCGCUUUUGACAAGACUGACACCUACAUAACACGCAUGUUUUCCAAGAUCGACGACCACUCGACAUCCUUCUGGCACUUGUGGGCCUUUAACCGCUGGAUGGGAUUCCGCAUGUCUCUUGUAGGCGGAGUUUUCGCUACUUUUGUGGCCAUCUUUAUCCUUUGUAUGAGUGAUAUCGAUGCCUCUUUGGCGGGCUUUGCACUCAGUUUUGCGCUGGAGUAUACUAGUACUGUGGUGUGGACUAUCAGGCAUUAUGCUAAUCUAGAGCUGGAUAUGAAUGCCGCAGAGCGCAUUAUCGAGUACUCGAACCUAGAAACCGAGUCUCAAAGCGGUGUUGACCCGCCAGCGCACUGGCCAUCCGAAGGACGUCUCGAAGUCAACGAUCUGGUUGUAAGCUAUGCGGACGACCUACCGCCUGUACUUAAAGGCCUUACCUUCCGCGUCGAACGCAACGAGCGUAUCGGCGUCGUUGGCCGGACCGGCGCAGGGAAAUCAUCUCUCACCUUAGCACUGUUCCGCUUCCUCGAAGCACAACAGGGAAGUAUCCACAUCGACGGCCUCGACAUCUCCAAGAUAAACCUCCACGCGCUGCGCUCCCGCCUCGCCAUCAUCCCGCAAGACCCCGUUCUGUUCUCGGGCACUAUCCGUUCGAACCUCGACGCCUUCGACCAACACUCCGACAUCGAGCUGUGCGACGCCCUCGUACGCGUGCACCUCAUCACCGAAGCCGAAGCCCUACACAUAUCUUCCGGCACCAACACCCCCACCCCCCUCACACCCACGACCACGAACCGCAAGAACAAAAACCUCUUUGCGAAUCUCAACACGCCCAUCACAGAAGGCGGGCUCAACCUCUCGCAAGGCCAACGCCAACUCCUCUGCCUAGCCCGCGCCAUCGUCUCGCGCCCGAAAAUCAUGGUCCUCGACGAAGCGACAAGCGCCGUGGACAUGGAGACAGACGCGCUGAUCCAGCGCAGCAUCCGCGAAGAAUUCGGCGACAGCACACUGAUCGUCAUCGCGCACCGCCUGAGCACAAUUGUCGAUUUCGACAAGAUCCUCGUGUUGGGCGAGGGCCGCGUCAAGGAGUUUGGCAGUCCGGCAUCGUUGUGGGGGAAUGAGGAGGGCGUGUUUAGGGGCAUGGUGGGGGAGAGUGGAGAGAGGGAGAAAUUGGAGAAGAUUAUUCUGGAGGCCGGUGCCGAGUGA